AUGGGAGAUCUUACGAAUUUACCCAUGGAAAUUCUUGAUUUAAUUUUUAAGUUCCUUGGAGAUCUGGAAGACAAGCUGCAGUUGGCCAAAGUUGAUGAAGUGCUGGCUGCAGCAUUUAGAUUUCAUUGCGGAAUUCAUUUUAAGUACUUAAGCGCGUUUGAAGUUCCAACUCGCUUUUGGGAGGAUUUGUUGCCAAUUUGCGGAUCAACCAUUGAAGUCAUGCACACCGAUAAAUACGAAGACAUCAGACCGCCGUAUAAGUUGAUUGAACAGUAUUGCCCAAACUUGCAGUUUAUAAGCCUGCAUUUAAGAUUUUUUCAAGAUCUUCCUAACUUGGAGAAACUACGUCUGCAAAAUCAUGUUGAUCCCAAAUUUGAGUAUCAAAUGAGCAAAUGGCUCGACGGACCUAUGAAUGCUAAGGAAUUCCCGAAAUCCUUGCCCCCGCCUAUUAAUCUUCAUGACACAUUUUGGCCACUUAAAAAGCUGUGCUAUCUGGACAUGUAUGGCUUUUUCGUAUAUUCAAUGAAAACCAAUGAAGAGUUAAACUUGCCUGCCUUAAUGGAACUUCGAUUUCGGUGCUGUGCUAUUUUAUCCAGCAUUCCAAUUAUGCCGAAGCUUACAAAAUGUAUUUUAAACUGCUUACAUAGCAUCGUGAUGGAUAGUGGUUAUAACCCCUGA